AUGAUCAUCUCCAUCCUGUUAAUGGUCAUUCCUGCACACGGGCUGGCGCUGUUCGCUGCCGCGGUGGCGGCAACUCGGAAGCAGUACGUGGCACUGGAAGCCGUUGCAUUCCACGGCCCGCUGGGUACGGACAUUCGGUACGGCGUCAGGCUGACGUCACGGGCAUUGCAGGAGGUAAAAAAAGGGAAACCUUCCACAAGUUGGUUGUUGUUGGCCACGGGGGGUGGUGGGGGUGAGAGCUUUGGGGCCUUGGGCACCUUGGGUGGUUUGGGGGCUUUGGGCGGGACAGGCGCUUUGGGCGGUUUGGGCGCUUUUGGUGAACUGGGUGAUCUGGGCGCCUUCGGAGGCUUGGCGGCCGGCGGAGGUGGAGAUGGCGACUUGGGAGUGAGAUGA